AUGGCCGAUCAAGCUUCGAACCUAACAGUUUCACCUUCUAUCCCUAACCAAGCAACCAUGCGAGAGGUAGCAUUCUUGGCUGCCAAUCGCCGACUUGCCGCCCAAACAUGUUCUACCCCAAGACCCACCAGAAGAUCCCGGAGAAACCCCUUGGUCGUUAGGCCUCCUGCAUUCAAAAGAGAAGGAAGCACUGAAAGUUUGCCAACCUCAACACCGUUCGUCUCAACUGAAAGUGAACGGAAGAGACGAGACGACAUAGAGGUGUUUGGUAAUAUCUUAAGCACUUUGGAGCAAGGAGGAGGACUGCCCGAGGCAGGGGUUGUAAAACAGCCACUAUCUAUAGAGGAGGAGAUAGUGGUCGUAGCAGAGGAAGCAAUAAAGGAUGGAGUAGUGGUGGUUGAAGAAGAAGAAAAAGAAAAAGAGAAGAUUACGAUCGUUGAACAAGAAGAAACUAAAAUCGCAGUUGAAGAGGCCAGAGAAGUGGAAGUUGUGUUAAUAACUCCUGACGUUGCGAUGGACGAAGUCGCAAGGGAAGUACAGACAGAAGAGGCCAAGAAAGAGGAGUUGAAGGCUGCAGAGGCAGAGAAGGAUGCCGGAGUUAGAUUGAAGAAGGAAGCUGAGGCAGAGAAGGAAGAUAAGAAGAAGAAGAAGAGUAAGGGGCAUAAGGAUGGGAAGGAAGAUGAGGAGGCCAAGAAGAAGAAAAAAGAAGAGAAAGAAAAGAGAAAAUUGUGCCAGAAGGAGAAGAGGAACCUCAGAGAAGAAGAGAAAGCAAAGCAGAGGGCUACGAGCCUUGAGAAGGAUGGAGAGUUGACCUCUGUAGUGCGGGAUUUCUAUCGAGGGCGUCUGCACGGGAACAAAGAUGCGGUGACUUUCAGGGGAACGAUAGUGCUCUUCAGCGCAAGGGAAAUCAACAAACUUUAUCAGAUGAGGGAAAACCCUGAUGCACCAGGGAACACCAUCAUUGAUGACCCGUAA